AUGGCGAUCAAGGAUACCACAGUUUUUGUGAAAGUUGGUUUGGUUGUGACCAUUGUUGCUUUAAUUGUGCAGAUUAUCGGGUAUUCGACUGAUUUUUGGGAGAGUUAUGACCGACCCCUAGCUCUUUAUAAAUACAGUUAUAACCAAGGCUUGUGGAGACUGUGUACCAGCACCAACUACACUGAAGGAUGUAUGGACAUUCCACAAUCUGCCUCAACCAUAGAAUUAAAGACAACACGUGCUUUUGAAACCUUGGCUUUUAUUUUUGGAUUUGCCAGUAUUGUGUUACAGUUGUUGUCUAUUUUCGUGAAACAGAAGAAGAUUAUUACAAUUUUAAUCAAUGGAUCAUCUUUCUGUGCUGGUUUAUUGGUAUUUAUUGGUAUAAUAGUAUUUGCUACAGAUAAACCUACUGGCUAUGAAUAUGGCUACUCAUUCGCUCUGACCAUUGUUGGAGGUGUACUGUAUGUCCUGGCAGGUCUGAUACUGAUAGUUGAUGUACAGAAAACUACCACUACCUCUUCCUAA